AUGUAUCGAAAAGUCAACACAGGAGAGGUCAGCAGGGGUUUCAGCAAGCGGCCGGGGACCCCGUCUGAGGUAGAGGACAGUCAUCGACGAAUGUCAGGCCGGCUCGUCGACAUUUGGACAGCCUUCGCCAUCGUGACUAUUCCCAUGCUGGCUUUCAGCGCAGUUCUAUUGGGACUUGUCUAUAGAUACCGAGUCACACAUUCGACCACAGGGGACAGCAGACUGCGGUCGCCAGGGACGACCGAUGAAGCGGGUGUCUACUAUGUGAACUUGAGCGCCACUGUGCUGAUCUUCAUUUCGUCUUGGUCGAGCAGUGUGGGACCUCUCCUGUUGGGAUUCCUGAUGACACUGGCUUCGUAUCCUCUUACACGGCAUUAUUGGCAGGAUAUCCAAGAGCAAAAGCCGACCCUUCCCACACCAUUCCAGUUCGCAUUGUCGCUCAAGUUCUUAGGCGGUGGAGGCUGGGGCGCUCUGUACAGCUGGAUGCAGUAUCUGAUCGGGUGGAAACAUCAACGUCAACUUCAGUCUCGGUUGUUGACCGAAAGUGCCUUUGCCACGGUCAUCGUCACGAUAUUAGGAAUUGUCGUCUUCCUAGCCGACACUUGGCUCCAUAUCACGACAUCCACCGUCUCAUUUGUGGAUACGAAUCCUGCAACCGGGACGACAAACUACAGCCUGAGCCUGGUUCCGGGCUGCUUGACGACCAACAACUCUGGGAUUAGCCACGCUGCUCAAUGCAACCUCAUCCAAGCAUCCACGGGGACUUUUCUAUUUGACCCGGCCAAAUCCCUCACAGUACUCAACAACGUCUCGGACAGCAUUGAGGUACAUAACAACGGUCCCGAUGAGAGGUACGCUUACCUCGGCGUUCCUCAGUCUGGGCCGGUAGGGAACCUCGACUACACUGCGACCACAUUCGGGAUGAGAACGGAAUGCAGGGCGGCUUCCAGGGCGUGCAAUCUGAAUGCUGCUUUCGGCGCCUCAACGCCGUUCAAAUGCACCGACGCGUUUGCCGGUGACCUUCAAGUUGACACGUGGCUCGAGUCCUACUUCCCGGACUCAGCAAUGGCGUCGAACAUCACGGGUUACGGAGUGGGUAAUCCAUUCUACUACGGUGUAGGGGCUGGUUUCCAGACAGUCACCAACUCCGAGCUCGAAAACUCGGACGAAAUCGUCACACCGGUCCAUGGAGGUAUGGCUCUUUUGCUCUCCUGCAGCAUAUGGAUAUUCGACGUCGAGUACGAUUCCAUCAACGGGACUGUCACACGCUUCGUCGCAACUCCUAGCAACGACUCCGUCGCGAAUAUAUGGCAGCUUCCGAACCAGGCGGCAGGCGUCACGACAUCCAACCUCCAAACAGCCAUGCUUAUUGCCGUAUCUACCGCGACAUCCAUACAGGACCUCGCGGACCAAUAUGCCGUGGCGUACAGCAAGGUCGCUUUGGGCGUGGGUGCACAAUCAGUCGAGCUUUCGCCGGCAAUGGCUGCUCAAGAACGCUCUUCGUUCCUCGUGACUAGGUUACCGAUGGCGCCGCUGUUUUGUCUCAUAGCAGCCAAUCUGGCAUUUGUGGUCUUGGGAAUCACUUUGACGUACAUGGCAUUGUCGACUUCUUCAGGAGGCGAGGUGCGCGACGUACAGGCGCGUCUGAGCAUUGUAGGUCUGGUGGCUGAUCGUUUCGAACCCGGGAGAUCAGCUGGCCCGGCUACCGGCAUAGAGGAGCUGUUCAAGGAGCAUAGCGGACAGUCAGACUCAGUAGUGGUAGCCAUGGAACGGACGGCUGACGGUGGAUUCGCUUACAGAGAGUGGACGAAGAUCACUGACCCGUGA